GGGUGGCAUCGCUCUGUGGCCAAAAGAGCAGGGUCUCCAUCCCCUAACCAAGCAGGGGUUGUUUCAGCAGUGACGGGCUGGGGUGCUGGCUUGGCUGAUUGCCCUUCACAAGGCUGAGUUAGUCUUUUUCCCCCACACACCGCGCUCCCCACUGUCAUACACAACGUUAAACCUUCCAGAAGUGGGUGAUGGCACCUGUCUUCUGUUAUAGGCAGCUGGUGCCAUUUCUCUUUCUGUCUCACAUGUGACUUGCUACAGCCUUUAUUUGGCAAAUAUUCUUUGCUUACAAUGACACUGAAGUGAGAAGAAUGGAGCAGCAACAGGGAGAGGAAAAUGUCUUCACUUAGAGGAUCCUGCUGUGGAGACAGCAGAGGAAGCUAAGGAACCAGCAGAAGCAGAUAUCAAUGAGCUUUGUAAGGAUAUGUUCAACAAAAUGGCCACUUACUUAACAGGUGAACUGACAGCCACCAGUGAAGACUACAAACUCCUGGAAAACAUGAACAAGCUGACUAGCUUGAAAUAUCUGGAAAUGAAAGAUAUUGCUGUAAACAUUAGUCGAAACCUGAAGGACCUAAAUCAAAAAUAUGCUGGUCUUCAGCCGUAUCUGGAACAAAUCAACCUCAUUGAAGAGCAGGUGGCAGCUCUUGAACAAGCAGCCUACAAGCUGGAUGCCUAUUCGAAAAAACUUGAAGCAAAGUACAAAAAACUGGAGAAACGAUGAAAUUCUACAACAAAAGGACACUUUUUCCUAAGAUACGAGAAUUGGGUCAUGACUCAGAUUGACUUGUCAAAUUCCUAAGGUUUGAACUGCACCAAACAUACAAGCUGUUAUUCUGGAAGAGCCGUGUAGCCAGCGGGAUGGAUGCCUUGGCUAAGGACUUGACUGUAGCAGACAUCAGACUAGUAAUGUUGCUGUGUGUCUAUUCCUUCUGAGGCUAGAAAACCUUCCCUUUUCUCAGAAGCCUGUUCUUUUACUGCCUCUAUUAUUGAGCUGUAGUCAAAAGCUGAAAGCUACACUGAGCUCUUAUGAGUUACCAUAAGACAGUGUUCAAAUGUAAUACUUCCUGAGUUCCAUAUGGCCUUGUAGAAAACUUCCUCCAUAGCCUACCAAUACAUUCUCCUCUACAAUUGUAGGACCGGAAAUUCCCCUUGUUCCACUGCUUCCUUUUCCUCACUUAGAGCCCCGUGUCUAGCAUAAAUAUUCUUUCCAUCUGUACUGUCUAAAGAUCUGUUUUCAGAGGUGCAAGCAUGGUUUUGGAUCCUCUUAAAUUUGUCUUGGUAUCCAGACUCUGUGGAAAGCGGAAUAAUAGUUAUAGCUUUACCAUAAAAUUUUUCUCCAUUGCAAAAGUCUUGAAACUAUCUCAGAUUUUGUUUCUGAGAACUAGUUUCUCAUGCUUUAUGCAGGUUUAUCCUUUUAAUGUAGCUGAGAACAGAAGCAUCUAACUGUCAUUGAGUGUAUUUAGAGAUCACAGGAGAAGAUAUUUAAGACUAAUUCUGUACUUUGAAGUGGAAGUGGAUUAAGCAAAGAUACAUUUGGAAAAAGGUACUUAAAUUGUCAACAGCUUAUUCCAGAAUAACUCCAUGUGUUGACAAGCCUUAAGUAAAUAUGUAACAGGCUAGAAAAGCUAGGAUCUUGCAUUAUGAAAACAAGUGAUAAUCAGUUUCAUGGAGAUACUUCCCAGUACUAGGAGAUUGUAUCUUGUGUAAGUGAGUUGUAUAGACCUCCCUGCAAGUUAUGGUACUACUUAUUUAUCUGCUUUUUAGUUAUCUAAAAGCAAACUUUUGAUGGGACACCAAUAAUAUUUAUGGUGUCAAUGCUAUGUAGUGUAGGUAUGAGAUAGGAACCAAAGACUUCUCAGCUGAAAAUAAGCAGUUCCAUUUGUAACAAUGGGAUAUGAACAUUACAAAUAAAAGCCAGAUUUAUCAAUUCAUGAGUUUUAGUGAGGUGGUAUUGGAGGGUAGACUAAGCUUCAGGACAAAGAGUGCCUCCAAAGAUGAUCAAAGGAGAGGUUAACUAUAACAAACUUGUCUUUCUACUACAUUUAGUCGAUUUCUUGUUGCACUUCUCCCCUUAGAAUAUUUGAUCCUUGGUGUUCUAUGUGUGCCCUGUUAAGGAGACUUAAGUUGUAUUCAGUUUAUAACUAACAAACAGGUUGUAGACUUAACACAAUCAGGUCUCAGGCCCUGUUGUACUAUAAGAGCAUUUCUUCAACCUUUGCUGGGUAUUUCCCAUGGGGAAAGUGGGCAUUUUACUGUAGUUAUUAGAGAUGGAUUUCUUUAUAUCUGAUUAAUAAAAAGGCUGACAGUGA